AUGUCGACCUCUCAGCCUCCUCCUGCCGCAGAUGAGCGCUCUCCACUCCUUGAACGAGGUCGACAGCGCGUGGCAGGCGAACGGCGCGACGCAAGCCCCCCAACGAAAUCUAAAAGCAUUUCAUCAAGGAUUAGGGACAUACCAGUCUUCAUCCGACUCGCGCCGCUCGUCGCCUUGUUCUCCCUUUCGAUAGAAGUUCCCUUGUUGACCAUUCUCGAAGUCAUCGACCGAAUUCUGUGUGUCUUGUGGUACGAAAGACAUGAUCCGGCCUCUAUUCCACCCACUGGAGAGAUUCCAACCGAGAUGUGCAAGGCUUCUGGUCCAUUUACGUAUUCAUCCACAUUCCUGAGCACUCGGGCCGUACUUGUAGCCAUAGCUGCGUUCAUGGUUACAUCCUUUAUUGGCCAAUUUGGAGCCUUAGUGGGACGAAGGCCCAUCGUUUUACUACUUGUACUCGCCAAUCUCGUCACCAUCUCAAGCUUUACUGCAUUUAUAUUCAUUCCAAAUAGCAUCGCUGCCCUGGGGAUGGUCGCCAUAUGGCUCAUCGUGGGAUCGUUUGCUGAUGUUCUCGCAAUCGUACUAAUCAGCAAUAUGAUGGUCAUUGAUACUGCUUCUCCUAGUUCGAGAGCGUCCCAAGUGUCCGUGAUAAUGGGCUCCAUGGUAGCAGGGGAAAUACCUAGUUUCUCUAUCGGGGGUUAUAUACAUCGCAAAGGAGGAGUAGCGGCUGUCUGCUUUACGGCCGUUGGAUUGGCAGUCGCCCAGCUACUCUACGCAUCUUCGCCUCUGGUCGUUCCGGAAACGUUUAGUAGCGAGAAACGGGAAGCUGCUCGUGAGGAGCGACGAGACCGACAUCGGCAAGCCCGUGAACGCAGCUUGGAGCGAUGGGAAGAGCAAUCCGGAGACGCAACAAGGGUCCCCAAACGACUCGUCAGAAAGACUUACGAGUCACUUCAGGCCGUCAUCGAUCCUGUCUUACGACUCAAACCGAUUCGUAAACCGGAUGGCAGCCGGAACUACCGCCUUACGGUCCUCGGAGUUGCCUACCUCUUGGCCAGCGUCACAAACGGAUACAUAAACUCUGCGCUGAUUGCAUGGUUUACGUUUGUCCUCAAGAAGACAAUUGAAGAGAAAGGGUUCAUUUUCACGUGGAUUGCUGCAAUGCAAUUCACCGGGAUGAUCAUCGUCUUCCCACUGCUGUCCAAAUGGAGUCGAGUCCUAUAUGCACGCUUUAUCGCUCGUCGACAGGAGCGAAGUCCCAUGCAAAUUAACGGAGAACCUAUCCAGCAACAAGAUCCGAGGCUCCCUGAAGGAGACGUACUGUCUAACCCCGAAUCAGAGCUUUCUUCGGCGCAUUUCGACGUUUAUCUGCUCCGAUGGUGCUACCUCUUCAUCGCACUCUUUUACGGAACUAUCGCUCUUGCACGGACAAAUGCCCAGAUAGCAGCAGUUGCUGUCACCUUGACCAUGUUCGGAGGCGCCCAUCCUUCACUAUUGUCUAUUGCCGCAGCGAGUGUGAACCCAAUUCAGUCAGGCGAGGCCGUCGCUGGCAUUGAGAUGAAUCAUGCUCAAGUCUCCCACGUGCUGUGGUUUAGCAUGAUGUUGGCAAUGCUGGUAGUCGUGUUGAUCACCUUCCUCAUCCGUGACGAGGACAGGUAUAUACCUGUGGAGACGGAUACCCCAGAGCAGGAAUCGUUACUCCCACAGGAGACAUCAUAG